AUGAAGCGGUGGUUGAUUGGCGGCAGAAUGGCCCCAGGAUAUUGUUACCAAGAGGCAUCUCCUGCCUCGCGUCAUCAGAUUCCGCUCGAUUUCCUCUCGCCGUUUCCGGCCCUCCGAAAUGGUCCGACCCAUCCUUCCGUCACCAUCCACACGUUCCGAAUCCUUUUUGGGUGGGACAUUCAAGAAACAAACUUUCGUUAAGAGCAUGAUUAACCCAAGUCUAGAGGUUUUCACGUUUUGGACUCAAAACUUCAAACUGACUUCCAAAUACAUAAAAAAAAACUCAAGAAGAAGAGUAAGCAUUAUAUAAAGAUCAACCGAAAUACGGAAAAUUGGACAUAAAUAAUAUUACAUAAGAAGUUUUUACUUGAAAAAUCGUACAAAUUGAAGGCGCCUCAAGCCAAGUCCAGUCUAGUUUUAAUUUAUUGAUUUAGAAUGUACAAUGAGGACUACUCGAACGUUUUUUUGUUAAACCAUUCAGGAUUUCUCAUUUACAGAUCGCAAUGAAUAAAUAAAUAUUCGUAAAUAUUUACAGAUCGUCAAUAAACUCGUUAAGAAAAUUUUUCUUUCCUUACUUUAUUUUGAAGCUAAAUUGAAUUCAAUGAAAAAUAAGGCGAAAGAUGUUUAAAGAAUUGUGAUAAUUGAACAUUUUUUCUCGUUAUUUUGAAAUAUUCUUAACUUUUUGAAGAUGGCCCUUUGGAAUUUCAAUAAUUCUGAGUUGGAAAAAAAAAAGUUGAAAGCCAGGAUUAACAAAUUCUUGUCCAACUUUUGUUUUACAAUAAAGUUUUCAAACCGAACUUUCAAACUAAUAAAGUCGUAGUUUUGAAAACAUUAAGUUGAAGCUGUUAUUUAUAAAAACCAACUUGUGAAAAAAAUAUAAGAAAAACUGCAGAAAAAAACCUCUUUGUUGACUUCUUCAAGAAGAUAUCGACUCAAAAGAACUCGGACAAGAAGAGAGAAUUUUCGCGAUUGUAUGUCAUUUGCAUGAUUAUACCCCAUAAUCAAAGAUAAUGCAGCUUUUGCUAAUGGCGAGUUUGCGGAGAAAAGGAAAAGAAAAGAAGGGAAAAUCCGAGCGGAUAACGAGGAGUUGAGCGUUGAAGUAGGAGAAAUCCGUGGAGAAGGAGCGGAAAAAGGAGAGAAGCAAGGGUCGGAGGAAAAAAAAUAG